GAGCCGGGGUUGCGGGGCUGGAGGACGCCGCAGGCAGGUAGCCUCCUUGGCUCAAAUGCUGCCCUCCCUCCCACCCCGCCGAGGCCGCUAGCAACCACGUCUGUGAAGUUGGAGUUGCGGUGACGGAGUCACUCCCCCCGCAGCCGUCUUCUGUUUCCAAGGGGCUCAGAAAGCAGUUUGUUUUAUCGGGAUAGUCUGGAGCUGCCUCACAGGGCGUUGCCCGAGGCAGGACGUUGUCAAGCCCGAGUGUCAGCCAACGGCUGAUGUCAGGUGUGGGAGUCUCCCAGUCCCCCUUUUCUGGGCUGUGAGCUGCUGCUGGGUAGACCUCUUUCAAGGUGUCAUUUUCGAAAUGCGGGAUGAUGCCUCUGUCUUAUUAAGUCGUAUGGGAAGACUGCCACACCUAGAGCAAUGCUGAUCGAUCAUCACCGUUAUUCCUGCUAAAGCCCUGUGUCAUUGAGGCCUGUUUCUUAUUCUCUAAUGUAAGAUCUGUCUCAAGAAGAAGAAUUUUUUGUUGCUUUGCACAUCUGUAAGGAUGCCUUAGAGUAAGAACCAUGGAGAAGUAUGUCAGAAUACAGAAGAUUGGAGAAGGUUCCUUUGGAAAAGCCAUUCUUGUUAAGUCUAAAGAAGAUGGUAGACAAUAUGUUAUCAAGGAAAUUAACAUCUCAAGAAUGUCCAGUAGAGAAAGGGACGAAUCCAGGAGAGAAGUUGCAGUGUUGGCAAACAUGAAGCAUCCAAAUGUUGUCCAGUAUAGAGAAUCAUUUGAAGAAAAUGGCUCUCUGUACAUAGUGAUGGAUUACUGUGAAGGAGGGGAUCUGUUUAAACGAAUAAAUGCACAGAAAGGCAUUUUGUUUCAAGAGGAUCAAAUUUUGGACUGGUUUGUACAGAUAUGUUUGGCCCUGAAACAUGUACACGAUAGAAAAAUUCUUCAUCGAGACAUAAAAUCACAGAACAUAUUUUUAACCAAAGAUGGGACAAUACAACUUGGCGAUUUUGGAAUUGCUAGAGUUCUUAAUAGUACUGUUGAGCUGGCUCGCACUUGCAUAGGGACCCCAUACUACUUGUCACCUGAAAUCUGUGAAAACAAGCCUUAUAAUAAUAAAAGUGACAUAUGGGCUCUGGGGUGUGUCCUUUACGAGAUGUGCACACUGAAACACGCAUUUGAAGCUGGAAACAUGAAAAACCUGGUACUGAAGAUAAUAUCUGGGUCUUUUCCACCCGUAUCUUUGCAUUAUUCCUAUGAGCUCCGCAGCCUGCUCUCUCAGCUGUUUAAAAGAAAUCCUAGGGAUAGACCAUCAGUCAACUCCAUAUUGGAGAAGGGGUUUAUAGCGAAGCGCAUUGAAAAGUUUCUCCCUCCUCAGCUUAUCGCAGAAGAAUUUUGUCUAAAAACAUUUCAAAAGCUUGGCGCACAGCCUGUACCAGCCAAAAGACCAGCCUCAGGGCAAAGCUUAGCGUCUGUUGUGCCUGCUCAGAAAAUUACCAAGCCUGCUGCUAAAUAUGGAGUACCUUUAACGUCUAAGAAAUAUGGAGAGGUACCUAAAAAAUUACACGAAAAGAAACCACUCCAAAAACAUAAACAGGCCCAUCAAACUGCAGUGAAGAAGGUGAAACCUGGAGAACAAAGGAGGAAAAUGUUUGAGGAAGCAGCAAACAAGGCAAGGUUGGAGUUUACUGAGAAAGAAAAGAAGCAAAAGGAUCAGGUCAGUUUACUGAAGGCCGAACAGACGAAACGACAAGAAAAGGAAAGGUUGGAGAGAAUAAAUAGGGCCAGGGAACAAGGAUGGAGAGAUGUGCUGAGUGCUGGUGGAGGUGGUGAAGUUAAGGCUCCCUUUCUGGUCAGUGGAGGACCAGUGGCUCCAUCUUGUUCUCCUCGAGGACAGUAUGAACAUUACCAUGCUAUUUUUGAUCAAAUGCGGCAGCAAAGAGCAGAAGAUAAUGCAUCUAAGUGGAAAGGAGAAGUACAUGGCCGAGGGCUUCAAGAAAGAGGAAUUUCACCUGGAAUACGUCCAGGAUUUCCUAACGGGGCUGCAGGUCAUCACCAUUUCCCUGAUGCUGAUGCUAUUAGAAAAACUUUGAAAAGAUUGAAGGCCAUAUCUAGACAAGCCAAUGCAAACAGGCAAAAAGGACAGCUGUCCGUGGAGAGAGCUAAACAGGUAGAAGAGUUCCUGCAGCGAAAACGGGAAGCUCUGCAGAAUAAAGCUCGAGCCGAAGGACAUAUGGUUUAUCUGGCAAGGCUAAGACAAAUAAGACUACAGAAUUUCAAUGAGCGCCAACAGAUCAGAGCCAAACUUCGUGGUGAAAAGAAAGAAGCUGAUAACUUCGAAGGACAAGAAGGGAGUGAAGAGGCUGACAUGAGGCGCAAAAAGAUUGAAGCAUUUAAGUCCCAAGCAAGUGCACGCGCAGCGAUACUAAAGGAACAACUAGAGCGGAAGAGAAAGGAAGCGUAUGAGAGAGAAAAGAAGGUGUGGGAGGAGCACUUGGUGGCUAAAGGAGUAAAGAAUUCUGAUAUGUCUCCGCCUUUGGGACAGCGUGAAUCAGGUGGCUCUCCAUCAAAGCAGCAGAUGACAUCUGUUAUUUCUAUGACCUCAGCUUUGAAAGAAGUGGGUAUGGACAGUUUAACUGAUACUCAGGAUGCCUCAGAAGAAAUGCAAAAGACCAACAAUGCUGCUUCAAGUAAACGAGAAAUACUACGUAGAUUAAAUCAAAAUCUUAAAGCUCAAGAGGAUGAGAAAGGAAAGCAGCAUUGCUCUGACGCCGAAGGUGGCAAGGAGAACAAAGAAAAGCCAGCUCCAUCUGAUCGCAAGAAGUGGGAAGCAGGAGGUCAGCUUGUGAUUCCGCUGACUGAGUUAGUGCUGGAUGCAUCCUUCUCUGCAGCCGAAAAACACACAGUGGGAGAGGUUAUUAAAUUAGAUCCUGGUGAAUCUCCAAGAAAACUCUGGGGGAAGAGUCCUGUUGAUUCUGUUCUAAAGGUACUUGGAGAAGCUGAACUACAACUUCAGACAGAACUAUUUGAAAACACAACUAGUAGAAGUGAGAUUUCUCCUGAAGGGGAAAAGCACAAACCCGUAAUCGAAGGAGAAGAAAAAGUACAAUGUGUUUCCCUUGAGAUAAACCCGACAGCUACGGUUGAUUCUCCUCCUGUUGAGAUAAAAAGUCCACAGUUUAGGGAGGCGUCUCCACAGAUGUCAUUGACACCAGAAGGAAAUUUGGAUGAACCUGAUGAUUUGGAAACAGAAGUUCUCCAAGAGCUAACUGGAAUAGACAAAGAUGGUAGCUUGCCGUGUGCUGUUACUGACGUGUGGGGGGAGGAAGAGGAAACAGAGGAAACUGAGUCAGAAGAUAGGAUCAUCGUUCAGCAAAAUGAAGUUUCUGGAGAUGAAAUCCUGAGGAAUGUGGACCAACUUAGUGAAGUUCAUAUAGAGCCUGAAGUGGGUGGUUCAUCGCGCUCUAAAUGUGACGUGGAUCAAUCUCUGCAACCAGAACCGUUUUUCCAUAAAGUCGUUCAGUCUGAAGACUUUAGAAUAGCCUCUCAAGUUCAAUCAGUUCAGUGUUCACCAGAAGAAUCCUUUCCACUUCGAUCUCGCUCUGAUUCUCCACCAAAAACCAAAAGCAAGAAUUCAUUGUUGAUUGGUCUUUCAACUGGUCUAUUUGAUGCCAACAACCCAAAGAUGUUGAGGACAUGUUCACUUCCAGAUCUCUCAAAGCUGUUCAGAACACUGAUGGAUGUCCCCAUUGUAGGAGAUGUGCGGCAAGACAAUCUUGAAAUAGUUGAAAUUGAAGAUGAACACAUUAAAGAAGGGCCAUCUGAUUCUGAAGACAUGUGAGCAUAAUGUUAUUAUAAAUACUGACACUAAAAGAAUUUCUAAAUUUAUGGAUAA